GAUCUUUUCUCCAGUGACAAGUGUGAUGGUGACAUGGACAACCUGCACAAGGAGGUGGACGCUGCCGAGGGGUCCCCUGAGACAACGAAAGAGGAAGAGCAAGCUAAAAAGAAACACCGAAGAAAUCGGACCACCUUCACCACCUAUCAGCUGCACGAGCUGGAGCGAGCCUUCGAGAAGUCCCACUACCCGGACGUCUACAGUCGUGAGGAACUGGCCAUGAAGGUCAACCUGCCUGAGGUUCGAGUUCAGGUGUGGUUCCAGAAUCGGAGAGCCAAGUGGAGACGUCAAGAAAAGAUGGACACCAACACCAUGAAGCUCCAUGACUCCCCCAUGCUGUCAUUCAAUCGCCCCCCAAUGCCUCCUAAAGUUGGGCCGAUGGCCAACCCGAUGCCACUAGAUCCUUGGCUGAGCUCGCCCAUUUCAAGUGCCACGCCCAUGCACAGCAUCCCAGGCUUCAUGGGCUCACCGCAGGCCCUGCAGCCUACCUAUUCAAGCCAUAGCUUCCUUAACAGCGCACCUGGAAUGGUCCAAAGUAUGCAGCCCAUGGGUCCACCACCCUAUCAGUGUCCUCCCAGUUUCAGUGAUAAAUAUCCCAUGGAGGAUGACAGGAGUUCCAGCAUUGCAGCACUCAGGAUGAAGGCUAAAGAGCACAUUCAGUCGAUGGAUAAAACCUGGCAGCACAUGUAAAAUCAUAGAUGAAUAAGAACAAAUUAACUAACGUGAAUGUUUACAACCUGUUUUUGGUUUCAUGCAAGACUGAAAGGGACACAAAAUACCAA